AUGGCCCUCGGGCCUUCCUCCCCAGCCUGGGGAUGGAAGGUCAGGCUGGACGAGCUGCAGGCAGUGCUGGCUUUUGGGGAAGGUAAGGCGGAUACCAGGGGCCUGUCUUGGACUGAGCAUCAGGCCCUCUCCCGGCAAAUACGAAAACAGGUCUCCCUGUUGGAGGAACUGGCGAGGGGGAUGUCUAGGAAGCUUACAGCAUGGAAAAGGGAAGUGGGGGUCCCCCAGGGAGCUACGGCCCACACCAGGGCCGAUAUCCAGCUGCUCUCUGGGCUGCUGGCUGAGUGCCGUGAACUUGCCAGCAGUGGCCUCCACUUCCUAGAACAGCCCCCCCCGUCCCUGGAGGUGGGAGAGGGUACCGAGGAGGAGGUAGUCCCUGAGACCCCCCCUGAGGUGGCUAGUGCCAGCAAGACCCCUCAGGCCUCCCUCACCUAUGCUGAGGCUGCAAAGGGUGAGGGGGUUGAGGCUAGGGUCUUUAUGGGGCUACCUUCUGACAGGCUCCGGGGUCUGCUUGUGUCCCUGAAGGCCCAGCAUGCCGAGGCAGACUCGGGCCUAGCUGGGGUCCAGGCAGAGCUAAGGGAGCAGAGGGAAAAAUCAAACAGGACCUCUAAUUACAAAAGAGGUCCUUUGAGGGCCGCUAUAGCUGAGAAAAAAUUAGUGGAGCAGCAUCUAUCCUACACCCUGCUCCAGACUGAAAAGAAAAUAGCAGACAUCCAGGCCAUCCUGCAACAGAGAGUCAAGGACGCUGCGAGGUCCAGGAGGCAGAGGGCUAUGGAGGGCAGGAGGGACAUGUCCCCAGGUGAGGAGUCCAGCAAGGACUUGGAUUCCAACUCCCAUCACUCACCUGGGGAGCCGUCUACCUCUGCCCUUGCUACUCCAGGGGGCGCUGCUGAGACGGAGGGGAAGGCCAGAGAGAAGGACAGUGAAGAGGAGUGGGACGGAGAGAAAGGUGAAGAGUGGCAGCUGAAAGUGCAGGACAGAGGUCGAGGGCUGAUUAAGGAGUCUCUCCUCAAGUUUGGAAACGAACUUGGGGAGGACUCCGUAAAGGACAAAAAGAAGAAAAAGAAGAAAAAGAAAAACAUCGCCCGGCGUCAGCCUGAGACCUCUGUCAGGGGGUCUGGAGAUUCCACAGAGGAGGGUGAGUGCUCAAAUGCUGAGUAUAUGUACAAUGAUGAUGUUCAGGCCUUGCAGAAGCCUGGGGCCAGGGAUACUAACCCUGCAGGUGGCAACACCUGUAUGCCCCAGAAACCUGCACAACCUGCUUCUGUGGAAGUAUCUGGGCCCCCGCCGCCCUCCAUGGUGACAGGGAGACCAUCCCCGCCGGUACUAUGGCGUGUACCGGUGAUCCCAUGGAGGGGUCCUUCCCUUGCUCCCUUCCCACUCCCUCCCUUACCUGCCUUCCCUCUGACCUUCCUCUCCGUGUGGUUGCGUCCCCUGGAGUGGCUGGUACCUCUGCCUCCUGUCCUCAGGCGGCUGCUGGGCAGGAUGGCACUGGAUGGAGCAGUCUGGAGCAGGGUGAUGGCCCUCCUUUUCCCUCUGCUCCCUUGGAGCAAGCUCGACUGCUCUCCCCUACCAGCAAGUCUCCUCCCCUGUUUGUCCCCCAGUCUGUUUCCCUGGAUGUGUCCAAGUUUGUCUUCCAGUCUGUUCCCCCUGCUUCCCUAUGUGUUCCCCUUAUGUCUGAAUGUGUAACCAGUCCCCCUGUUGUUCCUGUUGUUCCUGUUGUUCCUGGUGCCGCGGGUGCCGCUGGCGCUAUGGAAGACAGGACUGCAGGGGACUCCCAUCAUCCUCAGCCAGCAGUCCAUACUGAGGAAACCGCCAGUGGAGGUAAGAAAAGUAUGACUAACAUUGUGUUUGACUCCACUGGUGGUUUAGGGAUGGCUGAGGAGGAUGGGAGUAUGGAUGUAAAUGUAAUGAUGGGACCUAUUGGCCUUAGUAAAAAGGUCCACAGCCAGCCUGUUUGUAUUAAUGAUGUUGCCCCUGCCCCUGGUGUUGUUGCCCCUGCCCCUGGUGUUGUUGCCCCUGCCCCUGGUGUUGUUGCCCCUGCCCCUGGCGUUGUUACCCCUGCCCCUGGUGUUGUUGCCCCUGCCCCCGGUACUAUUGCCCCUGGUGUUGUUGCCCCUGCCCCUGGUGUUGUUGCCCCUGCCUCUGGUUAUGUUGCCCCCGCCCCCGGUACUAUUGCCCCUGCCCCUGGUACUGUUUCCCCUGCCCCUGGUUAUGUUGCCCCCGCCUCAGGUUAUGUUGCCCCUGCCCCUGGUUCACUGGAGUUAGUUGGUACACAGGUGGCGGGCACGAGCACGGGCACAGGCACCCUGACAAAGGGUGCCGCGGUUAUAAAUAGUUUAGACGCACAAGCAGGUACACGGGUUCCCCUUAGGCACUCCCAGGUUGUCACCCAGGGUUCUGGUGUGACCGAGGCCUCUGGUUCAGCGAGGGGAGUCCGUCCGAAUCAUUCCCAGACGGCGGGUCCCGGUGCGCCCAAUGCUUGGGCAUCUGGGCCACCUCGCCUCUCUGCGGACGGGCCUGCUACGCGUCCUCAGGUUUCCUUUGGGAACAGGAGGAACGUGGUACGGCUCAUCUGUGGGGGUGAGACCCAGGUGCCUGACAGACGGUGGCUGGUGACCCGGCUAAAGGAUAUGGGAUUUGCGCCCGUGGACCUGUACGCGCUCAUCCAUGCCUCGGGCACCCGGGAGUUCGACGUCUCCUUUAUGACGUCGCAGCUCCUGGAUCGCUUCUGGGCUGGGUGGGAAGCGGCCAGGUCUGCACAGGGUACAAAGUGGGCAGGAUUCACCGCUGUGGCCAUUUCUCGCCAGGGUCUUAAGAAGGUCACUUUCCUGGUGAGAAAUGAAUCCAUCCCCAUAGCAGACAUCCUUGUUUGGACUAAGAGGUUUGGGGAUGUUAAAUCCCCCCCUGUUAAGAUCUUAGAUGAGGAUGGGAUUUGGACAGGCGGAUGGACUGUUUCAGUGUUGCUGCGGGAGAUUCGAGGUGUCACACAGCAUAUGCCUAAUAGUUUUUUCAUCGGGGCUGACCGGGUAUCCUGUUUUUACCCUGGUCAGCCCAGGGUAUGUCACAAGUGCGGAUCGUACAGGCAUUACAGCAAUGCCUGUACGGUCCUCAAAUGCACUAUGUGCGGCGCUGUGGGGCACCUCCGGGACAGCUGCAGGGAGAUCCGGUGUCAUCUGUGUUCAGAGAUGGGUCACACGUACCGCACCUGCCCCGAAGCCCAGCACAAUGUAGAGUCCAUCUGGAGUCAGGAGCCGGUGGAGAUGGACUCUGCUGGGUUAGGGGUUCAGGUAGCAUCGUCAUCUACAAGGCCCAUCUCUGGCACAAGGGUUUCCCUGCCCCAGCAACAACCCAUCCUCCCCUCGGUCUCUGUAACAUCUCAGGACCCUGGGAAGGCCACAAGUUCACGUCCCCUCACGAAAAGUGUACGUAGAGAACGCACUACCUCCACAGCCAUUAUGGCUCCCCCUAGACCCCCUCCCCCUAGGCCCCCCCCUCCUAAAUUCUCCACGGUGAAGGUUACCCCCACUGAAAAGUCCCCAGAUGCACAGUCCCUAGAGUGGAGCACGGUGAAAGGUAAGAAACCCCCCCCCCUCCAAGACCUCGACGCUGCCCUCACCCCGGAAGAUCGCCAUACCCCCUGCGGCGAAACCCCCGAAAAGGGGAGACGCCACUUAUAAGGGUGGUGUGGCACGGGCGUCAUCCUCCUCUUCGGGCUUGCAGGAGGCCCCGGUGCCCGUAUCUAACAGGUACGAGGCACUGUCCUCCAGCUGGGCCGACUGUGAGUACGAGGAGGAGAUGGCGAACCUCCCCGAGGUGGUGGCAGGGGUUGAGGUGGGACAGGAGGUGCUUCUGAGAGACGACGGGCCACUGUAUCCCGGAGUCUCAGUGAAGAGGUUCCUCGGUUCCGACACGGAGGAGGAGGGGUACCGCAGAAGGAAGGGAAAGUCUCCUUAUACUUAAUGCCCUUAUGGCGACUUUUCCUGUACUCUCUGUGGCUACGGUGAAUGUAAACAGCAUUAAGUCCAGCAGGGCCCGCUUUUUGGUUUACGACCACCUCAGCCGGGCUCCGUACAAUGUCAUCUUGGUACAGGAGACCCGGCUGGAAACCCUCGCGGCCCUGCACGCUGCAAAGCGGGACUGGAGAUGGGGGCCCUCCUACUUCUCUCUAGCCACAGAGAGAUAUGGGGGAAUCGCCAUCCUAUUUAAGGACGUUGAUGUUAGCAUCAACAGGGUUAUUGAGUUGCAAAAAGGACGGUGUGUGGUUUUAGAUGUCUCAAUGGGCAGGCAACCUUUCAGGAUAAUUAAUAUCUAUGGCCCCCAAUCUAAGUGGGAGAGGAAGCGCCUGUUUAUUGAGAUAGAGCCUUACCUUUAUACAUCCCAGCAAAUCCUGUUUGGCGGUGACUUUAACACCAUAACUAGGCCUCAAGACAGGAGAGACGCCACUCAGAGGCUGGGGUAUGACUCCUAUUUUUUAAAUAAGAUGGUUAGUCAGGCUGGAUUGGUCGAUGUGUACCUUCAUCACACUCCCAAUCCCACGGGUGGGUACACUUAUCACAGAGGUAGCUGUCAGAGUAGGAUAGAUAGGUUUUUCUUUAAGGAGAAUUUCCCGGUGGCGGCACCCGUGCUUACACCGGUGGAGUUCUCCGACCAUCACAUUUUGUCUUGCGAGUUGAACGUCUAUAGUACCCCACCUAAGGGUAGAGGGAUCUGGCGGCUAAAUUCAGACCUCCUGGUGGAACAGAGGGUUCAGCAAGCCUUCAUGGAAUUCUUUCGCGAUCAGAUGACAUUGGCCGACUUAGGCCAAACGAAGUCUGAGUGGUGGGAGAUGGUGAAGGCCAGAACUCAACGGCUGUUUCGCAAUCUCGCCCGGAACAUGCAGUCCUCCAGGUACAAGAUGUAUCUGGGCUUGCUUGGGAGGUUAGACAUCCUGAUCUCGCAGGGAGGUGACCCCGAGGACAUUGCGGCAGUUAAAAACCUGAUGAGGAGUUAUCAGUAUGACAGGUACGCCUCCCUUGUAAAAGAGAGGGAUCAUGGGUCAUACCGCUCGCCCGAUCCUUAUCUUAGCUGCAAGCGGAAGGAAGGUACCAAGUCCAUCCCUAGUCUGCGGGGCACCGACGGGACCCUAGAGGAGUCUCCUCGCGGGAUUCUGAAGGUGGUCCGCGACUACUAUAUUGAGCUCCUCGGAAAGGGCAGCCCCCAAUGUAGCGAGGAGGGAACCUCCCACGGGAGAAGGGUGGAUGACUUCUUGAGCGAGCUCACGCUCCCUGAGCAUAGCGACCUCUCUUUUGACGAGUUGGUCAGCGAGAUCACCAUAGAAGAGGUCACAGAGAGUAUCCAACAGCAGAACAAGUGUAAGUCGCCAGGUCCUGAUGGUCUGACGGCCGAGUUUUACCAACAGUUCUGCGACCUCUUGGCCCCUCAUCUGACCGAGGUGUUUAAUGAGAGCUUGGCUCAAGGAUUAUUGCCACCCUCGAUGAGGACUUCUGCCCUGAUCUUGCUGUCCAAGCCGAACGUGCUCGACACAGCGGAUGUGGGGAACUGGCGCCCCAUAUCCCUGUUAAAUGUCGACAGGAAGGUCCUGGCAAAGAUUUUGAUGAAACGAGUACAGGGCCUAGCGAGGCGUGUCCUAUCCACCUCCCAGUACUGUUCAAUCGAGGGCAGAACUGUCUUUGAUGCCGUUUUCGAAGUCAGGGAAGCCCUCGAGAAGUGCAGGGACGGAGAAAGGGGGAUAUACCUUCUGGCACUUGAUCAGUCCAAAGCUUUUGAUCGAGUAGAUCACCGUUAUCUGUGGUCAGUCUUGCGGAAGUAUGGCUUGCCGGGAAAAUUCGUCAAUUGGAUAAUCACCUUGUACAGAGGGGCCGAAAGCUUCGCUCUUGUGAACGGGUGGAGGGGCAGGACGUUUAGGAUCCGAUCCGGGGUCAGGCAAGGCUGUCCUCUCAGCCCACUCUUGUACGUGUUUGCAGUCGAUCCCUUCAUCCGAAGGGUCGAGGCAGGCACGUUACAGGGAGUGGCCAGGGCUCCGGAGAGGCCUUUACGGGUUGUUGCCUACGCUGAUGACAUCUCCAUAGUGGUCUCCAAUACUCGGGAGGCCACGGAGGUGGAUGAUUUAAUCCUAGCGUAUUCUGCCGCUUCAGCCUCUCGUGUCAACAGGGACAAGAGCGUAGUUUUCUGGUGCGGGAAGGAGGGGGACCAGUUCCCUCUUCCAGACGGUUUCCCGAGGGCCCAGCCUGAAAUUAAGAUCUUGGGGGUGGUGUUCGGACCAGGGGAUCUGGCUCUCAGGAACUGGACCGAACGGCUUGCCAUAGCUUCUAGCAAGGUGGAGGAGAGCCACAGGUGGAAACUGACGUUCAGAGAACGGGUGAACCUAAUCAAAACCUAUGUUCUGACCGUAUUCGGCUACGUCAGUAACAUCUUCCUUUUGCCCAGGUCCCUCCACGCUCGGAUGUUUGCGCUGUUCUUCCGCAUGUUGUGGGGGAACAGGCUGAACCUCAUCAAAAGAGAGGUCACUUACCUGGCCAGAAAGGACGGGGGUCUGGCCAUGGUCAACCCCAUCGUCUUCUUUACUAACACCUUCCUGAAAAGGAAUUUCGGGGCUCUCCUGAAGGACGAGCAGCCUGGCUGGGUAUGUAUAUUCAGGGAGUGGGUCACACCUUUCCUGGUGGACUGGUUUCAGGGUGGGAGGGUGAAGAGCAUGAGAGUUCGGCAUUCUAGCUAUCUUCCGUCUUCGGUCAUCGAGGGAGUGGGAAUUCUGCGCAGGUGGAACGUCACGGUGGAGGAGGUUCGGGACACUCCCAAGAAGCUUCUCGACGGGAGGGUCCUGGCCACCCACUUUGGCAUUCAGCUUGCUUUGAAGGACUGCCCGCCAAGUACUCUCGCCUCGGGGUUGAAAAACAUCAACUCCAGGCGCCUUCCGGAGAAAUACCGAGACGUGGCGUUUCUCUCCUUCCACGGUAGACUUUACGUUCGAGGGAACUUGAAGUACAGGAACAUAACGGAUCGUGGUUGUCCUCGGGUGGAAUGUUCCGGGGAAGUGGAGUCCAUGGACCACUUCCUCCUCGAGUGCCCCUUUAACGUACAGGUCUACAAAGAGGUCUCAGCCGCCUUAGGCAUCCCCUGCUUAUCCCGCUGGACUUAUGCGGAGUGGGCGUACGGGACGUCCAACUCAAGGGGGAGGGCUUUUGAUUUGGGCACUCUUUAUGUAGUCAGUUCAGUGGUUAAGUAUUUCACUUGGAUGGCAAGGUGUCAGGUUUCCCUUCAACGUAAAGACCUUUCCUGUCAGGUGGUGGUAGCAGACAUUCUGAGGGCGGUUCGUGGGAUCUAUACCACCGAAAGGGCCUCUAUGGAUCCCACCAUUUGGCAGCGUUUGUGGCGAAAUCUCAAGGUCCACCCGCCUUGA